GUUAAUAAAUUUCUAUGCGCUAUAGUUUUAGCUGUCUUAUGUCAUGCUUCAAUAUUUUCUAGUCUAAAAAUUAAAAUAUAUGUUAAAUUCUAUUUAUAUUUUAGGUUCAGAGUCAUGUUCCUUAGAUGCAACCGUCCACUACAGCUGGGACUUUGCACAGCAGGUUCAUAUUCCACACCAUAGCCAACAGGUUGGACCCCUGUAUUUCAAAACUGCCGGAGGAGAUGUGAGGUAUUUGGAGUUUGCUGUGAAGGAUCUGAGAAACAGGUGUUUUGCCUGGGUGAGGCACAUGCUCAGUUCCACUUUGACAAUUGCCAAGGACAACAAAAAUAAUGCCGUUCUUGGUUAUGCUGUGUGGAGAACAUUGACAGGAGGGCAUAAGACAAUCCAAUACUCACUGAUGCUAGCCGGCCACACCAAAUUUUCAUGCGACUGGCAUUUUGGAGUUUGGAAAAACAGAAUGAGAUACAUGGAUGCAGAGACAGUUGAGGAGGUGGCUUCCACAGAAGCCAUGUCAUCCCGUAAUGGCCACAACAUUCCACAUAUUGUUGAUGGCAACAGCAAACAAGUGUCGUUCUAUGACUGGAGCACCUUCUUCAAAGGCAUUUUCAAACCAUUGAAGAACAUUUCGAAAUACCAUUCAUUUGAGGUGUCUUCUAACGAGCCUGGGGUUUUAAGAGUAAGGAAGUUUGUUGAUGCCCCUGGGGAGAAAAUUAACAUACUGAAAAACUGCCAAGUGGAUAUUGGUGUUCUGCCAGAGCAGAUCUUUGGUGAGGGAAUAAGUGCAGGAAGGCAAUGGUACUUGCAUGAUGUAAAAAGAGACUUUUGCGGAUCAGAUAAUGCAAAAAACACAACAUACCCAUUGCCAUUAGUUGCAAAAGAAGGCUAUUCAAAGGCCAAAAAACAAAAGUUGAAAUAGGCAACUUUAUUGAGAACACUUUCUGUGUGUGUUUCAGCAAAAGUUAUAGUUUGUUUCUUGCUAUAAAUAUAUUGGCAUGUGUAAGUGGAAGUUUUAUGUUUUCAUUUACAUUCAAAGAAUAUAUUUCUUUGUGUUACAUUGAUAAAAUAUUCAUGAUCUUAGGAAUGUAUGGUUUCCUUGGCAACCAAAAGUAACACACUUGAUUGAUCAUUAAAUACUUAUGUAUAAACAUGUAUUUCAAUUAUGGGAAUAUCAUUGAACAGUCGGCCAUCUAUAAGUAAAGUAUGAUGGCAUUCAUAUUUUCCAUACACGACUCCAGUAUAAUGUGAAAGUGUACAUUUAUAAGUCUAUAUGUUAAUAGUUAUACAUUAAUAUAGUUUCAAUAAUCCUUGCAUGCAUAUGUUUGUUGUCAAUUUUGUCAAAUAAGGCAUGUGUCAAUGCUUUCCUUGUAAAUACAUUUCAUUCUGUGUCAUCUUACAACUCCAAAAGAAUGAAAUGAGCAAAAAAAAAGAAUUAUUCUAGGUAUAAGUCAGUUGCUAUGGCAACCAAGUAUAACAUUCUUAUUGAUUUUAAAAAU